AUGGCCAUUCCGGCUAAACCCAGCGCCUCCUUCUCCGUCGCCUGCCUCUUGGCGGCCAUCUUCCUCUUCUCCUCGGCCCCGCGGAGCCAUGGCGGCAGCAUCGCCAUCUACUGGGGCCAGAACGGCAACGAGGGCACCCUCGCCGAGACCUGCAGCACGGGGAACUACGGCUUCGUGAACAUCGCCUUCCUCUGCAGCUUCGGGUCGGGCCAGUCUCCCCAGCUCAACCUCGCCGGACACUGCGACCCCUACUCCAACGCGUGCACCAACCUGACCGCCGACAUCAACCUGUGCCAGUCCAAGGGCGUCAAGGUGAUGCUCUCCAUAGGCGGGGGCGCCGGAGGGUACACGCUCAAUUCCGAGCAGGACGCCGCGGACCUCGCGCUGUACAUCUGGAACAGCUUCCUCGGGGGCAGCUCGCCGUCGUCCAAGCGGCCUUUCGGCGACGCCGUGCUGGACGGCGUGGACUUCGACAUCGAAGGAGGGAACCCGGACUACUACGGCGCCCUGGCGUCCCACCUCAAGUCCUACAGCGGCAAGGGGAGCAAGAGCAAGGAGGUGUACCUGUCGGCGGCGCCGCAGUGCCCGUUCCCGGACCAGUGGGUGGGCAAGGCGCUGGACACGGGGCUCUUCGACUACGUGUGGGUGCAGUUCUACAACAACCCGCCAUGCCAGUUCGUGCAGGGCAACCCGGCCAACCUGAUGGACUCGUGGAAGCAGUGGACCACGGGGGUCCACGCCAAGUACAUCUUCCUUGGGUUGCCGGCGGCGCCUGCGGCGGCGGGGAGCGGGUUCAUACCGGCGGCGAGCCUGGAGUCGCAGGUGCUCCCGGCGCUGAAGGGGUCCAGCAAGUACGGCGGGGUGAUGCUGUGGUCCAAGUUCUACGACGACCAGGACGGCUACAGCUCCGCCAUCAAGAACUCCGUCUGA